AUGGCAAAAUUAUUAUUAUUAUUGCUUGCCACAGGAUUUUCCUGUUGCUGCAAUAUGAAAAUCAUGUUACUACAACGCAAUUUUUUCAUGCUGCUACCACAGGAUUUUGAAUACACGAUUGAUGGUACGAGUUUGAAAAAAAAUCCUGGUGACUCGACAAUGCCAUUGCUACUGACCACGUAUAAUCAAAAUGAUAAUGACUCUGGUUACUUGAGUCCCCAAAGUUAUAUUUAUCACAGAUCGCCAAAACUCCACGUCAAUGUUCCACUGAUCGACGAAGCACAAGGAUUGUAA